AUGAAUGUUGCAGGUGUUCCAAUGCACAUCAGCUGGCAGAGUCCCAUCGUGCGCUCGGCGCGUGUACCGGUCCGUGUACGUGUGCGGCCUCCGCGCGGUCCACGGCGCCACGCUGCCUUCGGCCUUCAAGGAGCGCCCCAGUACGUGUGCCCCCGCGCGCGGCGCCACCGCGACGGCGGCAGCCCCACGGCAGGCGCGGCCGCUUAUAAGCGGCUCCUGGCCCGUGCUCUAGGAACACAUCGCCGUGCGCGUGCGUCCACUUCAUUGCUGCUCAUGUACCCCUACACGUUUCGGGCGGCCGCCAGCAGCAGCAGCAGCAGCACGGCACUCGGGUUCGCGCUCGGCCGGAUCGGCGGCACCACGAGGAGCGGCGGCGUCGCUGCGCCAGGCUUGGUGGUACCCGCCGCGGGCGUAGCACGCGGGAGGAGCGUCUCCUCGACGCCGGCCGGCAGCGCACCCGUGCCGGGCGACCAGGGCGUCGGCAUGGAGCAGCCGAAGCAGCAGCAGCAGCAGCCCAAGGUGCCCCCGCAGGACGCCGCCGGGGGCGAGAACAAGCGCGACGACAUGCACAAGCACACCAGGGACGUGAUGACCCACUCGUUCGGGGAGGGGUACUCGACGCGCUCCGACGAGGAGGGCUUCGGCGGGGUGUACGGCGGGAACGACCCCGUGGAACACCCCGGCGCCGAGAUCCAUCCUAGCCACUCCGAGUACGACACGUCGCAGGGCUCGGAGGUAAAGGAGAAGGAGAAGGCGCGCCACCUCAAGGACGAGAAGCAUGCCACCGCCUAGAGGCGCCGGCGGCGACAUCAGGCAGGGCUGUCGGCGUUUAGUUUAGUCGAGUUCGCUUUGCUCCCGGCCUCUGGGCGCGUCACGUACUCAGCGUGGUUCGCUAGGCUGCUUUCGAAAUACUACAGUACUAUCCAAGUUUGCUGAGAUGUAAAAAAAAUAGUAAGCUGUUUCAAGGAGCUUCCGUGCUAGUACAUGUUAUUUCUGCUCUUUGCUUCUAUGUAAUACAAGCCACAAUUAUUUUGCGCCUGCAAUAUACAAACUUGAGUAA